UGUUUUAAUAUAGAUCAAUGAUCGUAAAUGGAGGAACGAAUACACGCAGCGGUUCUAGGGUUAUUUUCGUUCCGCAAAGCUUAUUAGGGGACAGAAACGCCGGUGAGAGUGUGUGGAGGCGCAAUGAGGGCUGCGGGUGUGUCGGAUACUGCAACGCGCCUCUCGUAGGCAUCGCAUUCUCCAGCGCACCUUCCGCUCGCAGCAUCGCGCCGCGCUGCUCCUGCACCGGCCUUGGAGAUACGGGGACGAAGCGGACGUACAUCGGGGAGCGGGGACCGGCGUUUUCACGAUGCUGACCUUACUGACAGCCAUGUAUCUGGUGGUCAGGGCGACUUCGUCGCAGUGUGAUCCCAUUCGAGUCCUGGUAACUGGGGCCGCAGGGCAGAUCGCCUACUCCCUCCUGUACAGCAUUGCGAAGGGAGAUGUCUUUGGCAAGGACCAGCCCAUUAUCCUAGUUCUGCUGGACAUCCCAGCCAUGCUCCCAGUUCUGGAUGGCGUGGUUAUGGAGCUCCAGGACUGUGCUCUCCCGCUUCUAAGGGAGGUAAUUCCAACGGAUAAGGUGGAGGUGGGCUUCAAGGACUUGGAUGCUGCAAUCCUCGUGGGCUCCAUGCCCAGGAAGGAGGGCAUGGAGAGAAAGGACCUUCUCAAAGCCAAUGUGGCUAUCUUUAAGACCCAGGGGGCUGCCUUGGACAAGUAUGCCAAGAAGACUGUGAAGGUCCUGGUUGUAGGAAAUCCAGCCAACACCAACUGCUUGAUCGCCUCCAAGUCUGCCCCUUCCAUCCCCAAGGAGAACUUCUCCUGCCUGACCAGGCUGGACCAUAACAGAGCCCGCUCACAGGUGGCCAUGCGAGUAGGCGUGUCCUCGGACAACGUCAAAAACGUCAUCAUCUGGGGAAACCACUCCUCCACCCAGUACCCAGACGUCCACCACGCCACGGUCAAUCUACGCGGCAAGGAGGUGUCUGCUUUGGAUGCAGUGAAUGACUAUGCCUGGCUCAAGGGGGACUUCAUCACUACCGUGCAGCAGCGCGGGGCGGCCGUCAUCAAAGCCAGGAAGCUGUCCAGCGCCAUGUCAGCUGCCAAGGCCAUCUGUGACCACAUGAGGGACAUCUGGUUCGGCACUCCUGAGGGAGAGUUCGUCUCCAUGGGUAUUUACUCCUCCGGGAAUUCAUAUGGAGUCCCUGAUGACCUGAUGUACUCAUUCCCGGUCACAAUCAAGAACAAGACGUGGAAGAUCAUGAAUAACCUCGCGAUCAAUGACUUCUCCCGUGGUAAGAUGGACGCCACAGCCGGCGAGCUGGUGGAAGAGCGGGACACGGCCAUCUCCUUCCUGGGAGCGUGACUAGGGACGCGGCAGCGAUCCAGCACCCAGGAAUCAACGGGCUCUCGUCUGUGACAGACCGCUGAUGUCACUCCGCGUGUCUCAUUCAUCAGAUUUUACUAGUAAUAUUGUAAACAAGUAAGAAGCCAGCCGGCCUUUGUUGACAGACAAAGGAGUGUUUUAGCUGUCAUUAUUUCCUAGUUGUCUUUGUUACCAUAAUGGUUGCCUGUUAAAUCCAAUAAUAAAAAAAAAUGUAAAUCGU